AUGGAGGCAGGCAGAGGAAUAUACAACGUCGACUUGGAGGUCAUGGCGUAUUGGUGGCGGAGGGUAUUCUGGCCUAUCGUCAUCGACAUGAGCACGAAGCUUCUGGGUCGCUAUCCGAACCUGGAGGCCUUAACGUUCCCGAUCAAGUCCGAUCAAGUAGGCGUAACAUGGCGGCCAGCUUUCUUGGCUGCACAGCAAAAGACGAAGGAGCAUCGAAUUGCGUUCGCAUCAAGAUGGCUAGCGAUUAACUGCCCCAUGAAGGAUGAACGGAUUCGCCAGGUGCUGCAUCUGGAGAUCAUGCCGUCGACCAGCCUCUCGAAAGAAGACUUCGAGGGUUCACGAUUAUACAUUAUGGAUGAGGAAGACGAGUGGGAUGGGGCUGAGCUUGCCGAGGCUUUUCAGGAAAUGAAGAAUUACUUGACGCGGCAAACUUGA